CUUCAUUUCCAUCACAAAAAUACUCUACAUUUUCUACUCUCUUCUAGCUUUAUAAAUUAAUAAUAUUAUUAUUUUCCCCAAUUUUCACUCACAAAAUAUUUAUCCAUUAAAAAUGGAAUUAAUUAAGAACAAAAUUUGGUCAUUUUAUUUUUGUUCAAUAAUUAUAAUGGUAAUUAUUUUGGGUAAAAAAGUGAAUGGAGAUCCAUUAGUACCAUGCUAUUUUAUAUUUGGAGAUUCAUUGGUGGAUAAUGGUAAUAACAACAACAUUGCUUCAUUGGCUAGAGCUAAUUACCUGCCUUAUGGUAUUGACUUUCCUGCGGGUCCCACCGGAAGAUUUUCUAAUGGAAAAACUACCGUCGAUGUCAUUGCUGAGCUAUUGGGAUUUGACGAUUAUCCAUUACCAUAUGCCCGAGCAAGCGGUCAAUCCAUAUUGAGAGGAGUUAAUUACGCUUCUGCUGCUGCUGGGAUUAGACAAGAAACAGGGCAACAACUGGGAGGCAGAAUUCCAUUCAGUGGGCAAGUGAACAAUUACAAGAAUACAGUAUCUCAAUUGGUACAAAUACUAGGAGAUGAAAAUCAAGCAGCCAAUUACUUGAGUAAAUGCAUAUAUUCAGUUGGACUUGGAAGUAACGACUACCUUAACAACUACUUGAUGCCUGCGUAUAGUACUAGUCGUCGUUACAACCCUCAGCAGUACGCUCAAGUCCUCAUUCAACAGUACGCUCAGAACAUUAGGGCAAUGUACAACUAUGGGGCCAGAAAGUUUGCGUUGAUAGGAAUCGGACAAAUAGGGUGCAGCCCUAAUCAGUUGGCCCAAAGAAGCGGAGAUGGGAGAACAUGUGAUGAUCGGGUCAAUUCAGCAAAUCGGUUAUUCAAUGCUCAGCUCAAGAGCUUAGUUCAGCAACUCAACAAUCAACUAAGUGAUGCCCGUUUUGUGUACAUCAAUGUUUACGACAUGUUCCAAGACUUAAUCAACAAUCCUGCCACUUAUGGAUUUAGAAACACAAAUGCAGGGUGUUGUGGAGUAGGAAGAAACAAUGGACAAAUUACAUGUUUGCCAUUUCAAAGACCAUGCCCUAACAGAAAUGAGUACUUGUUUUGGGAUGCAUUUCAUCCAACUGAGGCAGCUAAUGUGAUAAUUGGAAGAAGAUCAUUCAGGUCACAAUCAUCAUCAGAUGCUUACCCUUUCGACAUUGAGAGGCUAGCACAAAUUUAAUACCACUUACACAUAUAUAUUUUAUAUAUCAAUUAAGGGUUAGAUCGGGGAAAGAAAAGUACUUAUAUGAGAAUCAAAUUUAAUAUUUUACUUAAAGAAGACGAUACUUAAUAAUCCAAUUGAUACUGAUUCUCAUAUCUAUGAAUUUUUAGGUUGCUAAGGAGUAUAAGCAUUCCUUAGCUCGUUCUUCAAAGCAAAUAGUUGUACUUUCUUUUAAUUUUUCCUCCCUUUUCGGUGUGUUUUGUUUCCUUUUUACAAUAUUGAUAAGAUUAUAAAUAUUUUCUUAUUAUUGUGGA